AUACUACACAACAAAACGUUUAAUAAGAGAUUUAUUAUGCCAAAUUGUUAUUUCAGUGCGGGCGAAUUCAGCGAAUCUUUCCGGAGUACAAUGAUCGCGAGAUAUGGUAUGGUGUUAUUUUAUGAUACUCAGAUCUUUUCGUACUGACCGAGCCAUUCCAAGGGGUGGAAGCAAACGACUGUGAAAAUAGAUCAUAGACACGAACGAUACUACUUCACGGUAAAUGUGAAGUUGUUCUUUGGAAAAAUUCUAGGCAUCGUUUCGUAUUAAUUCCGCACUCCGCAUUCUGGAUUCCAGAGUCUAUAGCACAUCUUUCGUGAAUGUGUCAAGGCUGGGGAGAGCCUCCAUUUCCAGUUUAACGCCUGGCGGAUAUGAUGCCUUGCGUUAUGCAAGAGAAGUAAGAAGUACCAUAUCACGAGGUAUGUCACGGGAAAGGGGUUUGGAUUUGUGACUUCCCAGAGACGGACCUCGAAAAUUAAACUGAAAGAGGGACAACUCAAUUCAAAAGAUCGAGCAAGACCUCGCAGAUACUGCCAAACGUUUGUUUGAUUUUGUAGGCAUGGCUUCACCUGUCCACUCAGCGAGCUCAAGUUUGGUUGUAAUUACAGUGUUAAUACUACUGAGUGCAUAUUUGCCUUCAGGCAAAUCUCAGUUCUUUGUUUUUGGUAGGGGAGCAGCCGUAAAGCAGAAUGUUUCGGUUAAUUUGGACCGUUCUGUGUUCACUGUAAACAAAAAGUUUCUCUCCGUUGCAAUUGACUCUGGUAUCAUGAUGCAUCACUGGCCGUACGUAAACUUCACCUCGGAGAAGCUGUAUACACUUGCGAAAGGUCUCUCUCCAGCAUUUCUCCGUAUUGGUGGAACUGCAGAAGAUUUUUUAAUCUAUGAUAACUCGAAAGACAUGUAUAAGUUAAAAAAUAUGAGCAAUUUUACUAUCACCCAUGAAGAUUUGGACAAGAUACACCUUUUGUCAUCAAAAGCUACUUGGGACGUUCUGUUCGGCUUGAAUGUGCUGUUAAGGGGAAAAGAUGGAUCUUGGAAUGCAAGCAACCCAAAAGAAAUCAUGCAAUAUGUUGCAGAUCAUGGAUAUCACUUUGGAUGGGAGCUAGGGAAUGAAUCAAACAUGUUUAAGAAAUUUAACAAGUCUAUUUCAGCUGAAGAAUUGGCAGCAGACUUUACUGCACUAAGAGAAAUACUUAAAGGCAGUCCCCAGUUUGGUAACUUUCUUGUUGGCCCUGAUGUAACACGCAUAAUGAAUCACUCAAAGAGUGGCAUCUAUUUGGCAAGCUUUUUUACGCAUGCCGAGGAUACCAUAGAUGCAGUUACCUGGCAUCAGUAUUACGUUGAUGGCAGAACAUGCUCUGAGAAAGAUUUUUACGACCCAGAAGUCCUGGAUCGCUUCUUGCACGAACUGAGUGUUGCCAAUUCAAUACUAGACGGAGUAGAAGCAGGAUUUUCUCGGUGGCUGGGUGAAACUAGCAGCGCAUAUGGGGGAGGAGCAAGUGGAUUGUCCGACAGAUAUGUGGCUGGAUUCAUGUGGCUGGACAAGUUAGGUUUGGCAGCUCGGCUUAAACAUGAGGUGGUUGUGCGACAGACGUUUUUUGGUGGAAACUACGCUUUAUUGGACAAAAAUCUGGAUCCAAACCCGGACUUCUGGCUCUCUCUUUUACACAAGCGUCUUGUUGGCGUGAAAGUGCUGGACGUGAGUGGUCAGACAGAAGAGAAACGAAAAGUUCGAGUGUACGCCCAUUGCUCAAGCAGUCAAUAUCCAAUGGGCUCUGUCACGCUUUUUGCUCUCAAUGUCCACUUGGAUGAGCCAGUCGUUCUGAAACUCAACGGUGAACUUAAAGGAAAAGAUGUCGACGUAUAUCUUCUGACUCCUGAGAACGGCGACCUCUUGACAAAGACCGUCAGACUUAAUGGUAAAGUUCUCAAUCUAGUGGAUGACCGCACCCUCCCAGACCUCGUGCCGAAAAGUGUGCCGGGAGACGAACCCCUCGAUCUUCCACCUCUGACUUUUGGCUUUUAUGUCAUCCCAGAAGCCUCCGCGAGUGCUUGUGGUUAAUGGAGUAAUUUUACAGCCUGUGCAAAUACGUAGGAAAAAAGUUCACCCGCACGACUUGUUAGACCUCGUUUAAUGCUUAUCUUCGUUUAUCGUCAGGACGGGGGUGAAAAUAUUGAAUCACUGUCGGUAUUAAGGAGUAAGAUAUUACUAAUGUGUAUAAGGAGUAAUAUAUUAGCCAUGAAAUCUCUCUGAAUGCGGUGUUCCUUAUAUCCAGUUUAUAAGUUAUGAAGGUUAAUGUCAAAAGUUAUCAAUGGUUAAAAGAUUAAACAUAAUUAUAUGAGUUGAAUCGAGAGCAGAAUAACACAGGAUCUGAUAUGAAACACUAUUAGACAGUACCACCCGUUAUCCUUUAUGUAUGUCUUGAAACAAUCUUAGGAAAGUACUUUGUGAGAAGGAAAUAUUUUUCCUCCAACUUAUCACAAUUAUCACAACUUAUCACAA